CCCUCCUUCACCACUCUUGCAAUCCCGGAAUUUAUAUGGGCGGGACUCGGGGGUCACCCCCAAUCACUUCCUUCUCGCUCUGGGCUGCAGAAAGCUCUGUCUUGACGCGAAAAAGAAACUAACUUUCCCCCAGUUGCGACUGCGCGGUUCCAGCCUGCUUUAUUAUUUCAUUAAUGGCGAAUUUCUCCGCAAAAUCGCGUACUGCUGCUGCCUUUGUGGGUUGGACUUCUCAGAGGCCUUUGGUCCGCAGACGAGAAGACUGACGCCACGACCCUCGAGGUCUUGACAUACAAAAAGAAAACUUUGUCUUAUCUGGUCUCUACAAUUAAAAGUUUAGAAUGUUGGAGUUAUGGUAGAGAAAGAACUGAAUUUUCCAAAGGACUGUGCAUCUAAAAGAGAAGCAGACAUGUCUUUGAAUGAGAUGGAGAUGAAAACUGAUGAUCUGUUAGAGAAGGAACAGAUAGACAGUGGAGGAUUUGGGAUGGUAUCCUUGUGUUUUCAUAGAAAUCAUGGGCUUGUCAUUCUGAAAAAUGUAUACACUGGACCCAAGCGCACUGAGUAUAAUGCUGCCCUACUUAAAGAAGGGGAGAUCAUGCAUAGGCUGAAACAUAAUCGGGUAGUGAAGUUCCUAGGCUUUAUUUUGGAAGAUGGGAAUUAUUCUCUUGUAAUGGAAUAUAUGGAAAAGGGAAAUCUAAUGAAGGUGCUGAAGACAAUUAGUAUCCCCUUGACUGUGAAAGCAAGAAUCAUUCUAGAGGUCAUUGAAGGAAUGUGCUACUUACACAGAGAAGGUGUAAUUCAUAAAGACUUAAAGCCGGAAAACAUCCUUGUGGAUAAUGACUUUCAUGUUAAGAUAGCAGAUCUUGGUGUUGCGUCCUUUAAGACCUGGAGCAAACUGACUAAAGAGGAAAACAACAGGCAGAGGAAAAUAAAUACUGCUGCUAAGGGGAACGCUGGCCGCUUAAGUACCGCAGCUAAGGCAAAUGCUGGCACCCUGUUGUACAUGGCUCCAGAACACUUGAAUGAUGUCAACGCAAAACCCACUGACAAGUCAGAUGUGUAUAGCUUUGCCAUAGUGCUCUGGGCAAUUUUUGCAAACAAGGAACCAUAUGAAAAUGCUAUUUGUGAACGACAAAUAAUAACAUGCAUUGGAAAUGGAAACAGACCAGAUGUGGCAGAAAUUGCUGAAAAGUGUCCAAAGGAGAUCAUUAAUCUCAUGGUACACUGCUGGAAUGGGAAUCCAAAAGAUCGACCAACCUUUAAUGAAAUUGACCAAGAAUUCAGACCUUUCUACCUUGAACAAUUUGAAAAAAAGGUAGAAGAAGAUGUAAAGAACUUAAAAGAAGCAUACCCUGCUCCAAAUGAAGUAGUGAAAAGGAUGCAGUCUCUCCAGAUUGAUUCAGUACCAGUGUCUCCAAGCAGAACAAAUUCAGAACAGCCCAAUUCACUCCAUAGCUCCCAGGAACUCAGGACUAGUAGUGUUGAUGAGUCCAUGUUUGCUCCCUGUCCUGACAACCAGCCAGUGGAGAAUCAGGUCUCUCCUGAAGCCCUCAUUCUACAAAGCAAGCUACAGGAAGAGGCAAAUUACCAUCUUUUUGGCAGCCGAAUGGAUAAGGGGACAAAUGACCACCUUAGAUACCUUGCAGCUAAAAGAGAAGAAGAAAGGAGACGAAGAGUCUCCCAUGAUCCUUUCACAGUGGCACCUGUUCAACCUCAGAAGUAUAGGUUUCAUCAGAAUACUUUUAUUUCUGAGGGGGGCUCCUGUCCUCGGGAUGCAAAUAGUCAUAGCAAUCUGUUACACCAACCAGCAGAGCUAUCUACACCAUUACAAGUAACAGUGUUGAAUAACCAUCAAGUUUUUGGAUCAAGGUCAAUAGAUCCAAGAGCAAGCAAUAUGUAUGGACUAAACCUAAGCAGUGUAGCUACCCCCUCUAAAACACCUGUACCUGAGUCUGCCACAGGAGCAAACAUGCCAACUCUUCCAUUUAAUACAAUAGGUCAAGUAAGAGGCACGUCACCUAUGAGAAAGAAUUUCGCUUUUGCUCAUCUAAAUCCUGUACCUCCAACAGGCCUAGAAAACUACAAAUUCAUCAAUAGUACCGGCAUUCAGGUUGGAAACAACAAUUAUAUGGUUUUUGAAGAAAGCAGUCUGCCUAUUGAAAUCACAUCUUCAAAUAUUCAACAAGAGCCAGAAUCCAAAUAUCUACAUAUAUUUGAAAAUACUACUAGUCUGCUUGAUAAACAUCUGGACCCAAUAAGAGACAAUCUUGGAAAGAUUUGGAAAAAAUGCGCUCGAAAGUUGGGCUUCACUGAAUCUCAAAUUGAUGAAAUCGACCAUGACUAUGAUCGAGAUGGACUGAAAGAAAAGGUUUAUCAGAUGAUCCAAAAGUGGCUAUUGAGGGAAGGCAACAGGGGCGCCACUGUUGGAAAGCUAGCCAGAGCCCUCUAUGCGUGCCAGAGAAUAGAUCUUCUUACCAUUUUGGAAUCUGUAAGCCAAGACUAGCCCGAUUGGAGUAAAUUAAAAGAAAUCAAUGCAAAUGUCCCUUUUAACAGUGCAAAAAGUUGUAAAGUAUGCUGUCUGAAUGAUAGUUCUCUGAGGUCAUCUGAGCCCAACUGCAUUCAGGCUGUGCAGCAUCAUCCAUUACCACUGAGUUAGUCAGUGAUCCUGUCUUUCUACAGGGUAAGUACUAGCCAGCCUGCAGGAAAGGGCAGCUUGCAUGUGCAAUAAUCUUUAGCACUACUUUCAUCUCCCUAUGAUGCUCUAAUAGGAAAGGAGCUGAGGUGGCACUCAUCUCAUUUGAAAUGUGUACCAAUCAAUUUUUCCUUUAUAUGAAAUUUUUUACUCCUGUCUAUAAAAGUAAUUUGAAUUCAGAAGUGGAGCCAACCUAUUCUACUGCCUUAAGUAUGUUACAAUAAACUCCUUUUUUCUUAUUUCUGGAGUUUGCCUUAUCAAUCAUGGCAUGGCCUGAAGGAAGAUUUCUUUUAACAAUUGUCUUAAGUCAUUUGACAUAAGAGUUAAAAAAGGAAUUUACCUUCUGGAAAGAACUUGUAUAAACUUCUUAAACUCAACUAAUAAGAAAAAGGUUGAAGUUUUUAAAAACAAAGAUGAAGUUAAGAAUAAUGAAAGAUUAGGGGAAAAAAGAAAUUUUGGAGAGGGGAAAUGGCUAAAUGACUUUACAACUCUUCACAAAGCUUUUAUCUUCAAAUAUGCCAUUUAUCUAAAAGCUUGAUAUUUUGCUCAAGUGAAUAUAGCAAUCUGACUGAAGAAGUCUGUAGAAUAUAAAUCAAGUUUUUAGUUUUGUGCUCUUAUCUCCAUACUUUGCCAUUGGUAAAAUGUAGUUUAAAAAAAAAAAAAAAAGGUCUGGAGAUUUUUUACUAUAUAGUCUGACCUGAUUCAAAUGUUCUACACCUAAUAAAUAUCACUGAUGACAUAAGAGAAUGAGAGUAAGAGAUCCCCUCUGGUGAUGUCUUAGAUUCCUUGAGAAAGUCUGUCUCAAAGGGGGAUAUUUGCAUUAAAAAGACAGCUUGCUAAAAAGACAGCUUCUUAGUGGGCAAGGAUUUGUCAGUACUAUUGCAAAGGUGAGUUAACACUGAGAAUAUAUCUUCAUCAGCUUUCUUAAUGGGCAGGGUCCAGUUUAGGAAUUAGCAAAGGUGGAUUAACACUGAGAAGAAAAUGUAUUCAUCAUUGGCAAAAUCCAGUUAGGAUUUAGCAAAGAUACAGUUCAGAAUCCUCUUUUAUUAGUCUUCUGAGGCCUUCUGGGGUUUGCCCAGGCCCCCCUGAGCUGGGGGCAAUUCAAGGGACUAAUCUCCAAUUCAAGAGAGGGUAGUGAUUAUGGCCCUGGCCAAGAUCUCUAAUUAAAAGAGAUUACUUAUCAUGAAUGGGUGUGGCCUUUCCUAGGGUUUGAGAAUUAGGAAUUCCUCCCUUUGGGGGAGGCAAUUUCAGGGCUCCCUCAAAGGUUAAAGGGAACAUAAUUUACAUCAUCAGCAACUGGUGAAAAUGUUACAAUGGGAGACUAGCUAACUCCACAAUAUACUAUAAGCUUCAAGACUCAUUCUGCUUUUACCCAUUGAGAUUAAGAACAGAAUGGAAUUGCAAGGAGUUCAGGUUUAUGGAUUUCAUUAGUAUAGGGCUGAUAGGGUACUAGGAUUGAAUCCAAAAUAUCUUGGGUUGUUAUUGUAUACUUGGACCAUCUCCAAAUCGAGAGGCAAAAAUUUUUAUUAUUAUGCUAAGUUCCAAAAAGAAAUUAACGAUUAACAAGAGGAAAGAGGGAAAUAACUUGAACCAUAAAGCUUGCAAAGCUCCUAAUGAACUAGCAAUUAAGGGGGAGGGAAGAGUUUUAUAUAAUAAAAGAAUAAGAAUUGAUAUUUAUAUCUUGGACUGUGGAAUUCAACAAGGGUCCACAUAAGGACAAUAUAAUUCUGUCAAUGUUUCUCCCUUCUUGCCUCAGAAUAAUUAGCAUAUAGUAAUGAUGGGAAUUUAACGAGGGCCCACUGUACAAAGGCCCACUUAAGGACACUUACAUUCAACAAAGGUUGUCUCUCAUCAGUCUCUCACCCUGUGCCCACCUGACUACCAAGAACCUGGUCUUUUACUGGAAUCUUAUUCAGCCCAUCCCUUUCUAAAUACAAAUCUUCGACUUCUGUGUAAUUUAUCAUCUAAAAGAGUGAUUCCCAU